UCCUCUGGGCUCCAUGGAUCGGUGUUCUCUGGGCUCGAUUGGUCGGUGCGGAUGGACGUCCUCUGGGCUCCAUGGAUCGGUGCGGAUCGGUGAUCUCUGGGCUCCAUUGAUCGGCGCUGUUGCCAUGGCGGCGGUUGGUGUCGGGGAUGAUGGGGACACUGUGGGCCCAGUUGCGGCCGCAGAAGGAUCUGAGGCCGGGGCUUCGGGAGCGGCCUAUCCGGAAUUUGAUAAAAAAUGCAUCUUUUGUAGAAUCGGGAAUAGAGAGGAGUCGGUGGAUUUGCUGCAUUGGGAUGACCAGUUUGCUUGCUUUAGGGACAUUCGCCCUGGUGCGCCCCAUCAUUAUCUUGUUGUACCAAGAAAACACAUUGCAAAUUGCAAGUCUCUGAAGAAGGAGCAUAUAUCAGUAGUUCAAAAGAUGGUGAACAUUGGAAAAAGUGUACUGCAACAAAAUGGCAUGAAUGACCUGGCAGAUGUAAGGCUGGGCUUUCACCUGCCCCCAUUCUGUACAAUAACUCACUUGCACUUGCACGUAUUGGCUCCAGCCAGUCAGAUGGGAUUUAUAUCGAGAAUGGUUUACCGAGUUAAUUCCUACUGGUUUAUUACGGUUGACAAAUUGAUUGAAAAUCUAAAGUCUCUUCCGGACGAGUGAAUGAUAGAAGAUACUAUAUCCAUGCAGUUGAGUUCCACUGCAGAUACUUCCAGAAGACUUCAAGACUGCAGCUGCUCUUUGAUCUGGAUCAGCUUUUGAUUUAAUGAGCAAGAAUUAAUUUGUGCCCAUCAGAAUUGAAAAAAAAUCCAUUUACUCGGUUUCUGUUUUUUCAAAUUCAUAACUUUUCAUUUAGGAAGUGAAGGUCUGUAGCAGUUCUCUGGACAGUUUAACAAAAACUUCAAAAUUUACUUAUGUGUAAGUGAGAAACAACGACUUGUUAAACUUGUCAGCAUGCACACAAUCAGUAAAUUUAGCUAGAUGUAAAAUUGGAAAUACUGAAGAACUUUAUUUAUGUAAUGUUGUUAUGUAAGUUUUGUCUUAAAUACCAUUUUAAAUAUUUAAUUGUAUCAACAUUACAGUAAACCUUAAGUGUGUGAAAAUGUUCCAUGUGCAAUAAAUAUCUUGUAUAUGGCAAGUUAUUAGUACAUGACUACAUUGGUAUGGAUUAGGUUUUCAGAUAUCGUAACAAAUUUUUGUUCUCAGUUUAUGAAACUGAAUAUGAGAGCACACUAAUUCAUUCAGAAAAUGUAUAAUGUGUUCUUACAGAUAGAACGUAAACAUGAGUCGCUACUGUGCCACCAUCUUGUGUUGAAUUGUUUGUUCUAACAUAUCAACAGUUAUAAAGUCCAUUAAUUUGAAUAUAAAAAUAGAAUCAUUAUACAAUUAUAUUCUGCAUUCACUGCAGAAUAUCCAAGCCAUUGCUUGUAAGUGCAUUACAAGUUGAAUUGCUGGUGUUCUCUGUGCCAUAGCUACUUGAAGCUUUUAUAAUGCAGUAUUCUCUGAUCCACUGUACUGCAUUUUCUUAAAUGUGUUAACACUGAAAUCUAAUUUUCAGCUCACAACUAUAAGAUUUUGGCACCUCUGAAAUGCUGGAUUUUACCCUAAUGUCUCAAACACUGGCAAACUACAUCUCUUAGAGAGUCAGUGUGUUGGCAGUGGAGGUUUGUGGAUAGUGAAAGUUGGGAUGCCAGUCUGGGCAGAAUUGGUAUGUUUAGACAGUAUCGUGAAAAAGCAGUGUGCAAAUACAACAUUGAGGUGUAACCUGGAAACUGAAGUAUGUUUUCAUGAGGUAGUUUUGCAGUUUAUAAGUUGUCCUUUAAGGUCACAAGGGUGUUCAAUUGUUGCCUAGUUGGUUUCUAUUUUAAAAUAUUAAAUUUUGGUAUAAGCACACUUAGAGCGGCACGGUGGCUCAACAGUUAGCAUGGCGGCCUUACAACAACAUGGACCUGGGUUUGAUUCCAGCCGCGGGCGACUGUGUAAACUGCACACAUUCUCCCUGUGUCUGUGUGGAUUUCCUCUGGGUGCUCCUGUUUCUUCCCACAGUCCAAAGAUGUGCAGGUUAAAUGGAUUGGCUGUGCUAAAUUACUCAGUGUCCAGGUAUGUGUAGGUUAGAUGGAUUAGCCAUGGGAAUGCAAAGUUAGAGGGAUAGAGUAAGGGGUGAUUCUAGGUGGGAUACUCUCCAGAGUCAAUGUGGGCUCGAUGAACCAAGUGGCCUCCUUCCACAUUGUAAGGAAAAGUCAGAUGCUCAGACUACAUGGGGAUGUGACAGCAUCAGAAACUGGUAUGAGUAUCUUCGGCCAGUGUGAAUUGGGUGUGCUUGAAACAUAUUUUCCAUUUUCCUGACCUAGAAUUACUGGAUCACGAGUUGAGACUCACGAAAGCAUGGUACCAAAGCAAAACUUGUAUUUUCUCUGCUACUGGGAAAGUCAGGCUUGUCAGACAUUACUCCUCAUUACAUUAUGUCUGGAUGAUCACUUAUUAUAUCAUUCAAUAUUCAAAAGUGUACGAUAAUGAACAGCAUCUCCUACUUCUGUGUUUUGUGUCUUUUACAUAUCUUGUUUAAUUUGAGGUAUAAAAUUGAAUUCUUUAUUCUACUUAUUAACGUGAUACAU